AUGGAAGGCAUUUUUCACCCACAAAGGAAGAGCCCUUUGUUCUUCCCACUUCAGGCUGAUAUAUUUAAGUUGGAGAAUCAAAUCCCACUUUUCAUUUUGAAAAAAGUUUUGGAAUGGCAGACUGGUUCAGAAAGUCAAGCUUUAAACAGGCUUACUAUGACAAUCUCAAGUGCCUGUAAAAACUUCUCCCCUUUCAAGUGUGUUGGAGAAUCUUAUCGUUCUCCUGCACGAGAAUGUUACAAUGAUUUGGUUGAUGAAAGGCAUAUACUGGAAUGCCUUUAUAAUUUCAUCGUACCGAAGAUAAAUCCUGCUCAGACUAGUGUCCACAUCGGAGAUGAUCAUAAUGGAUUUGUUCCCAGAAGCACUGCUUUUAAGUUUCUUCAUGAGAUGACAUCAAGAUUUAGGGUUCUUCUGUGUCCAAAAUCACGUAAAUCUGAAAUAAAUAUCCCUGCAGCAGCAGAAUUACACAAGAGAGGGGUGAAAUUUGCUCCUUUCACAUGGGCAUCCGAAGAGAUAAGGUUUGAUAGAGCCAGCUCUACAUUGUUCCUUCCUUGUAUAGAGAUGGAUUACAGAACAGAUGUUUUCUUGAGGAAUAUGGUAGUACUGGAAGCAUUCAUGAUGUGGAAAACUAGAGUGCUUACUUGCUAUGGAGAUCUGAUGGACAGAUUGGUCGAUACUCCGAAUGAUGUUGCAGUUCUGAAGAAAUAUGGUAUCCUCUAUAGUAGUUUAGGCAGUGAUAAAGAGAUAAGCAGUCUGUGGAAUGGUAUCCGCAGAUCAAUAUGGAGGAGCCCAUAUGAUCCUAUCGACAAUACAAUCAAGGCUGUAAAUGAAUAUUACAGAAGUAGGUAUGUAGUUUUAUUUGGUGAGCUCUUGCAGGAACAUUUCUCAAAGCCAUGGCGAGCUGCAUCAGUGAUGGGAGCGUGCUUUCUGCUCAUCUUGAGUUUCGUGCAGACAUUAUUGUCAUAUUUUGAACUUCACCAAAAAUGUGAAUGCAAGUGCCCAUAA